AUGUCGUUAUUUCCCAAAUCCUUCCUGGCGCACACACCACGGAUUCGUGGGAAGACGGUGCGUACCACCUAUAGGAGCCCUCUCCAACUUUUGCACAUUCGACAACGCUCAAUCACCCAAGCGACUGAUUCAUCCAUUACCAUCGCAGGGGUAACGAUUGAACAACCACCUGGCGGCAGCGGUCGGGACGAUCUGAUACCACCCUUCGAUGCUACUUCGUCCCGUUUCGUGCAGAGCUUGCCGCCGUCCUACGUCUCCACGUUAAGAUGGAUGCUGCAAAAGGAUUUAGUCAUGAAACAGGAUUUCUGUUUACUGGGACAUUCUGCUGCCGAUCAACGACUUUUGGCACUGACGUACGCCGCCUUGACUUCUCGAGAGAUAGAAUAUGUUUCCCUGACUCGUGAUACUUCGGACGCGGACCUUAAACAAAGAAAGGAAAUGCGCAACCCUUCCGACCCUCUGUCGUCGGCAACAUCCAGCGUGUCUUCCAUUUACGUUCCGCAGGCGCCGGUACGCGCCGCAUUGCACGGGCGCCUGCUGAUUCUGGAUGGCAUCGAAAAGGCGGAACGCAACGUUCUCCCGACACUCAACAAUCUGCUCGAAAACCGGGAACUCUCUCUGGAUGAUGGGUCCAUGCUGGUCUCAAGUGCAACGUACGAUCAGCACCGCGAAUUCCAACAUGAUGACGUACUCAAUAGAAUGCAUCGAGUGCACGAGGAUUUUACUGUCUUGGCCCUGGGUUCCCUGUCGGACUCGUCUGGUUUGGAUCCCCCGCUACGAUCGCGAUUCCAAGCUCACGUGGCGCCUGCAUUACCUCCUGGAGAAAUGCUCGACGCGUUGGCAUCUUUCGUUGAUGCGGAUCGAGUCUCCAUGGAGCAAUUGCAUACACUGGUACAGUCACCACUGGUUUCUUCGACCCGAGAAGCUUCCUAUUCUGUCGCUAUCAAGGCGGCCAAAUUUCUUCAAGCGAACUCUUUCAUGUCGGUUUCAUCGGUAGUGCGGGGGUUUGGAAUUGGGACACCAAUGACAGCGAUGGACUGGAAAGCCGCCAAAGGGCAGAGCACGCAUCGGACCUUGGAUCGAACAAAGGUCCCGUCAUCCUUUAUUCCAACCCAUUCCACAACAGCUAUCACCGAACUUGUUCAAGCUGGUCUCGGAGUUGGGUGUGCGGUUGCAUUGGUUGGUCCCAAGGGUAGCGGCAAGUCCGCACUGAUUCAUGCAGCUUCUCGAGCACUUAAUCAGCCAUACGAACUCUUUGCGGUCGUGCCAGAUAUGACAUCCCGCGAUUUGUUGCUCCGACGCGCGACCGACGAUGCAGGAAACACAAUUUGGAGAAUGACGCCCUUGGCCCGAGCUGUUCAGAAUGGUUCCUGGGUUGUCUUGGAUGGUAUUGAUAGGUUAAAUUCGGAUACCUUGACGAGUUUGGCGAGACUUUUUGAAACUGGUCAGGUUGACAUGCCAGACGGAUCACGAUUGACCGCACAUAAAGGAUUUGGCUGUAUUGCUCUCGCCCAUCCACCAGCUGCAGGAAAGUCUUGGAUUAAUCCUGAAAUUGCCAGCAUGUUUUGUUGGGUUGGUGUUGAUCCAAUGGAUGCCGGUGAACUCGCAAUUGUACUGAACGGUCUUUUUCCAGAUAUUGAGGAGAGAGAACUCGACAAGCUGGUUCGCCUACGCGACCGCUUGGAUGCUGCGGUCAAGAGCGGUGCGGCAGAUACGGUCGAGGAACGGGAAAGCUUGACUCUGUCUCUGAGAAAGAUGAAGCACAUUUGUCGCAGACUCCAGCGUGACGGCCGCCACUUGUCUAAGUUGGUAAAGGACACGUUAUUGACUAGUCUGAUGCCGGAGCGAGAGCGCCAAGUGGUCCAAAGUUGCUUGCAUGAUUGCGGCAUCUUUGAAUACAAGGCCGGCGAUCGUUUCGAAAAAGACAUUGAAAUCGACCGCAAACUAAUAGAUUCUUGUCGGCGGACUCCCGAGAAUCCAAUUCUUGUACCAAAUCCCAGGUUUCAAGAAAACCCAGGCCAUGCUCGAAUUCUUGGCAACAUUCUCGAGGCUCACGCCGUCGGCGAACGGGCGCUUCUUAUCAUGGGCUAUCAAGGAGUUGGAAAGAACAAAGUUGUAGAUUUUUUGCUCCAUCGGCUACAGCGUGAACGUGAAUACCUACAGCUGCAUCGCGACACUACAGUUCAGUCUGUUUUAUCAGUCGCGUCUGUGGAAAAAGGACGAGUUAUAUAUGCGGACUCUCCAUUAGUUAGAGCAGCGACGCAUGGGCGAAUCCUGGUCAUUGAUGAAGCUGACAAGGCUCCUGUAGACGUUGUUGCUUUGCUCAAAGGUCUUAUUGAAGACGGCGAGCUAGCUCUUCCCGACGGAAGGGUCCUACGGUAUGACGAUGACGGUCGAUCGAAUACUCUGGCAGUCCAUGCAGACUUUCGGAUUUGGGCUUUGGCCAAUCCUGCGGGAUAUCCAUUUCACGGUAAUAAUCUCGCUCGCGAAAUGUCUGACGUGUUUUCGUGCCACACCGUCCCGCCAUUGGACAGUGAAAGUCAAAUGCAGAUUCUCCGCAGCUACGCCCCUAAUAUCAAGAAGAAAAAGCUGUCAAAAAUUAUCUCUCUUUGGCAGGAUCUCGGUGAAGCGCACGCGAAAGGAACUCUUGUGUAUCCCUUUGGUAUCCGUGAAGCCGUGUCUGCCGCUCGUCACAUGAACGAGUUUCCUAACGAUGGGCUGACUGGAGCCAUUGAGAACGUAAUUGCUUUCGAUCGUUCGGAUCUUGCUCUCAUGAAGCAGCUAAAUUCUAUAUUUCGAAAACAUGGGAUUGAACUCUCGUCUUCUGAGCCGAUGAAUGAAAAACAACGAACUGAAGGUGGAAUCUCAACACCAAGAACCCGAGUUGGCGACCCGAAGCACGGCAAAGUAGACCCAGAUAAUACUCCACAUAUUGGAGGCAACACCUGGUACGGUGGUACCGGCGGUUCGGACACUGCCGGACUGGGCGGUAGAGGCGGACCGUAUCGCGUAGACCUGGGGCACCCUGUCCACCAAGUAUCAGACGAAAUGAAAGCCCAAGUAUCAGAUGAAGCUCAGCACAGAGCACGAGAAAUAGCUGCUAUAGAACUAGAAAAGAAAUUGCGGGAACUGAGCAUGGGAAAGUACGAUUGGGAAAGAUACAAAGGGCUCCGGGAGCGCGUUGCCCUACAGAUUGAGCAGUUACGAGUUCAUUUAAAAGACUUGCAACAUCGUAUGGAAGAGCGAAUGUGGUUAAACCGACAAUUUUCCGGAGAAUUGGACGAAUCGCGAUUGGUAGAUGCACUUGCGGGUGAAAAAGAUGUAUUCAAACGACGCGGAACAGCAGUUGAUUCAAAGGUAUCCUCCAAACUAUCAUCUGAUAAAAUGCGAAUAAAGGUCGUUGUAGACGUUUCCGCUUCGAUGUAUCGAUUUAAUGGCUACGAUGGUCGACUUGAGCGGUUAUUAGAGGCAACCCUGAUGAUCAUGGAAGCGCUACGGAGCGAUGAUCGCUUCCGGCUUGAAAUUGUGGGGCACAACGGGUCAAGUGCUGUAAUCCCACUACUAAAAGACGACUCUUCGCUAGACGAAGCCACACAACUCCGAAUUCUGCAAGGUAUGAUUGCUCACACUCAGUACACGUACGCUGGUGACAGCACUUUGGAAGCCAUUCAAAGUGCCAUGGAGAAAGCUCGCCCGAAAGACUUGGUGUUAAUGAUCUCGGACGCCAACCUGGAGCGCUACCGGAUUGAGCCCAUACAAGUUGUAAAAUUGUUGCAAAAGCCGGAAGUUCACGCUCAUUUAAUUUUGAUCAGUUCUUUUGGAGAGGAAGCGUACGAGCUUGCAAAUGCUGUUCCAAACGGACGAGCCCAAGUCUGUCUAGACAGCAGCGAGCUCCCUCUAAUAUUGAAGAAGAUCAUCGUGGCUUCUGCUGAUCUUUGA